AUGUCCUGGAAAAAUUUGAUUUUGACCUGGAAAAAUGCCUAAAUAUGUUCCCAAUUCCUGGAAAACUCCUGGAAUUUCAUUUAAAAAUUUUGCUGGCCACCCUCAUAUUAUCAUGUGUUAAGAUUUUUUUAUUUGUAGUGUUUUGUAGUGCUUUCCGGUGCAUAUAAAAUAUGGCUAGUAGCAGCAAAAAAUCUAAUACUGAUGAAACAAAAGCAGUUGGGGACCAUUUUCGAAGAACUUGGGAUGCAAGUGAGUAUGAAGAGAAAGCGAAAAAGCGAUUAGAGGAGGAUUUGGCAUUGUUAAAUGAUGAUUAUAUUUCAAAAGAUGAUGAAGAAGUUGUAAAAAGAGAGAAACUAAAAGCUAGAGACUAUCAAGUUGAUUUAUCUUCCAGACUUGGUAAAUCGCAAGUGAUAACAAAAACUACGCCAUUGCAAGAGCAAGGUGGAUAUUACUGUAAUGUGUGUGACUGUGUUGUUAAAGACUCAAUAAACUUUCUUGACCACAUCAAUGGUAAAAAACAUCAGCGUAAUAUGGGAAUGUCGAUGAAAGUAGAAAGGUCUACUCUGGACCAAGUUAAAAAUAGAUUUGCAUUAAAUAAAAAGAAAAAGGAAGAAGAAGAAAAAAAGAAAGAUUACGAUUUUGAUGCUAGAAUAAAAGAACUGGAGGAUGAGGACGAGAGAAUUAAACAACGACGACGAAAUGCUAAAGCUGAUCGUAAAAGAAAACAUGAAGAAUCUUUAAAAGAAUACGAAGAUAACGAUGUUGCAGCAUUGAUGGGCUUUGGUGGUUUCGGAGGUGGAAAAUGAAUACAUGCUUCGACUGAAUUUCAACUCUCUAGUUUAUGCUAAGCAGACUCAUUCUAGGAAUAGGAGACGUGUUUUUAUGACGUGAUAAGAAUGUAUAGUGUAUUUUUGAAAUGUCUUCGCAGACUGUUUAUUCUCCAAAACGUAUGUGUGUAUUCACAAUCAACUUGA